ACGCUUGUGGAGCGGCUGACCCAAACACUUCUGUUCCAAUACCCCGCCGUGUUCGCUCGGUUCUCGGGAGUAUCGCCGUUGGCCCUGGGCCUAGUUUCGGUGAGAAGAUCGCGCGCAGCUACUGUCGUCAGCGCUUCGCUUCUUCCCGAGGUGACGCUUCCACCUAUCAGCUGCAAACUCUAUUGCAACGAAGAGGCGCCGGAAAGUCUCCACUUGGCGCGCUCGCGCAAGAGCUGUAGUGCGGCACCACAACGACGGAUAUUGCAAGUUCAACCCCUGCUCUGUGGUGCGAAGCUGGAGACGACGCCAUGAGGCCAAGCUAACACGUGCCUGCUUGCCUUCGCUUGCACCGGCUUGUUUUAAGAAAACGCUGGUGUCAGAGUCCUGGAUUUGUGUUGGUGUGUGGUGCGCUGAACAACCGGGUCUGCUAUUAGUGGCGGCACACGCAGUGAACGGACAUCGCUGAAGGACGUUCGCGUUCUUCGGGGGAGGAUCGGCUGAAAUUCUGACCCGCGCAAAGAGUUCCUCGACUCCAGCUGUCUCCAAGGCCUCGACGCCGAUCGACGGGUAGACGUGCUGCGGACUAACAAAGUGUGCAGCGCGACCGCAGACUCUCGCUCACAAAGAGACAGAGCUCACCCAGAAGGACUGCGCAACUGACGUAACACUGUCAUCACUGAAUAACGUCCAGCUGUCAGCCACGUGUAUAAGUAUAGCGAAACUCCUUGCCAGAUCAUUCCGUUUCGCUCGCCGCUAUAUCGCUCCCUGUGCUUCAGGACGGCGUCGAUUAGCUAGCUCUCCCGCGUAGUCCCCGUUCGUUGCCUCGUACUACAGCAGUUUAACGCGUGGAGUGAGAAUCGCACUAUCUGUGUUUCAUAGUUCUCGCUGUUCGUUUGCAUCGCACGGACGUAGUACGUCGCCAAGCGUUAAACCGAAGUGGAGCCUUCUCGGCGCUGCGGCGCAGCUUCCUGCCUAGCGCGCGCUCGUUCGCGCUGUUGUCACCACGGCGGUUGACUUCUACAUCGGCUACGACGAUGACGAGUCUAUGUCCAAGGAGCUGGACUCGAAGACCCUAUGCCAGCUCCAGUCGAGCCCCUCCCUGGCCGGCAGCGUCGCUGGCCUCGGAUCGGCGGCCACCAUCGCCACGGUGGCAGCGGCGGCGGCACAGCACGGCCCGCCCAGUGGCCUGCCUUCGCCCACGGACAACGGGCCCGCCCUACCGCCAGGAGUACCGCCAUCAGCAACGGCAAUUGCCAUGAUGACGGCUUCAGCGGCGGGCGGAGACGAAGAAGUCGAUGACGGAGCCCUGGACCCGGAGGAAUUCUACGCGGCCAUCCCGGAGCCUCCGGAUGGUGGUUGGGGCUGGAUGAUCGUUGCCGCCUCGUUCCUGUGCAACAUGGUGGUCGACGGCAUCGCUUACACCUUUGGAAUCUUUUUCCCCGAAUUUGUGGACCACUUCAAGGCACCCAAAGGAACCGUCGCUUGGGUUGGAUCAUUGCUCUCGGGGUGUUACCUGAGCGCUGGCCCAUUGGUGAGUGCCUUGACAAAUCGGUAUGGCUGUCGGGCGGUGUGCAUGGGCGGAAGCGUGGUGGCCUGCAUCGCCUUCUUGCUCAGCACAAUCGUACAAGACGUGGGCAGCCUAAUGGUCACAUUUGGUUUGAUGGCCGGUGUCGGCUUCGGUCUCAUCUACCUACCGGCCAUCGUGAGCGUGAACCAAUACUUCUCCAAGAAGCGCGCGCUGGCUACAGGAAUCGCCGUCUGCGGCUCCGGCAUGGGCGCGUUCGUGUUCGCCCCUUUCUGCCAGUACCUGCUCACCGUCUUCAGCUGGAAAGGGGCACUCAUGAUCCUUGCCGGCCUGUCGCUCAACUGCGCCGUUUUUGGCGCACUCAUGCGGCCGCUCCUUGCGUCGGACAACCCGCAUACCAAGCCGCUUCUUCAGCGGAUCUGGGAGGAAAAGGAGCGACAGCGGCAGGACUCGCUCUGCAACAGCCAGUUCUUCUUGGUGCAGCACGCGGACGGGACCAUCGAGAAGAGGCAGAAGCUGCUUCUCAACACCGAGCCCGGCGUACACUCGACCCUGUACCUCGACCAGUGGGGCAAGUCUCCUAUGGACACGCCUGUCAUCACGCUGUCCCCCAUUCAGGAGGCCAGGCCAUCCCGCAUGGGCUCAAAGGAAGACCAGAACGACGAUUCUGGGGAGUCGGGAAAGGAGAACGGCGGUACUAAGAAGAGUUCACCGCUAAAGGAAGCAAUCCCGGAAUCCACAGAGUCCGAAAAGGACGCAGGGCAGCAGUCCAUCAUUGACGACGAGAAGACGGCCACGGAGACAACCCAGAUGAUUCCUCCCGAAUCAGACAAUCAGGCUUCUGUUAACCAGCCAGCACCAAAUGGCCACGUCCCGAACGGUGGUCCUACGGUGACGGUACCAGCGGCUAUGUCGGCCAUUCAGGAGUUCGCCAAACGCAAGGGCAUCAUGUCGUCCAGAAGCGCCACCAAGCUGUGCCUGUCCAACAUCACUAUGGGAACUGAGAUGCGUAGGAACAGCUCGUCUCCACGCAUGUCUUCGAGUGGCUACGUGUACACGGGUGCAGCAAGCCGGCCACAUGGCCGGCUGGCUACGUCUGGCGAGGUCUGGAAGCGUGUAUCGCAGGAGACCGUGGCCGGUGGGCCCCGCCAGAUCCAGAAAACCAAGAAGAAGGACAUUGCUCGGCCCAUGUACCGCAAGGACAUCUUUUACAGCGGAAGUGUAGUCAACCUCCCCGAGUACCGUCAGUCACAGGGCGACGUUCGUUCCUACGUCGCCAGCGUUUUGACCAUCCCAGCGACAGACACCAUCCCUGCAGCCAGCGGCGUGGAUCUUCCAGAUGGCAAGCCCGGGGCAGGUUCCUUCUGCCCGCCCUGUCUGCGUCUGCCAGCCUCCAUGAGCGACACCCUCGCCGACAUGUUAGACAUGGAAUUGCUCAAGAACCCAGCUUUCGUUCUGGUCUGUGUCUCCAACAUCGUGGGCAUGAUGGGUUUCUGCAUACCUUUCAUGUACAUUGCCGACUCCGCCGUGCUCAAAGGCAUCGACAAGGACAAGGCAGCCUUCCUUCUUUCGCUCAUCGGUAUCACGAACAUGAUCGGACGUCUCAUCUUCGGCUGGCUCUCAGACCUACCCCAGAUCAACUGCCUACUACUCAACAACCUUUCACUCAUCCUGAGUGGCAUCGCUGUGUUCAUUUUGCCCUUCUGCUACUCUUACUCUACCACCGUGGCCACGUGCAUGAUCUUUGGGUUAAUUGUCGCUGCAUAUAUUUUGCUCACGUCAAUCAUCCUUGUGGAGCUCUUUGGUCUGGACAAUCUGACAAACUCGUUCGGCUUACUCAGCCUGUGCAGAGGAGCAGCGUGCAUGGUCGGACCUCCUCUAGCAGGUACCCUGUUCGACAUGACGGGCUCGUACGACGUUCCGUUCUUCGUCUCAGGCACUAUGCUCAUCGUGUCUGGCGCCAUGUCUUUCUUCAUACCAUGCGUGCGCAACACAGCUGUCAAACCGGAACCGCUGCCGGAUAUCGCGUCUCCUCUUGAAGAGAUCCCUGAGGAAAGCGACGUGCCCGAAGAUGACGAAGAGAACGUCGAGAGCAUCGUGUAGAGCAGACUUGUCCCACCCACCGAGACAUUUGCAUGCUUCAUUAGGGCUCUUGGCUCGCUCAACCCUCCUCUGGAAGUGAAGCUUGCAUAUGCAGCACUCGCUCUUGACAUCAAGGAUGGUAGAAGUGCUACUCAUGAAACAAGUAGGAACACCGACAGGAAGAGCCUAUGAAUAAUGAGACACGGCCGGUGAUUGGAGUCACGUCUCCUUUCCAAAUGGUACUACCUGACUUGACUUUGUCUCCUGGCUCCGAGAGCAACCGGCUUUGUCUUGUCGUCACCAGUAACCGGUGUCUGACCCUUCUACAUUUGCUAGGUUUACUUUUUUUUUUUUUUGCUUCGUUUACUGCUCCCACAUGUCGAUGCUUGCAGCAACGAUGUCACAUGUUCUGGUUUCUUCAGCGUCGCCACUUCUUCACCUUCAAGCCUGCAACGCCAAGCGCCACAUCGGCUGCGCGAAGAGGCCAACCGAACCAAAGCCAUUUUCAUCCUUCCUAACGUGCUCUGCGGCCAUGUACCCCGACUCAUUUCACCGAAAACUCCGGUUGGAAGAAAGGAGGUGCAGCGGAGAGUUCGGGUUGUGCUUGGCUAUCGGGACGUCUGUAUGCUACGUACGUUUUAGUGCGCGCUUGACGAGAAGCGGUUAUUUUUCCUGGCUUUGGAAGUUCGCACAUAACUCUCGUGUGUGUUUUUUGUGUGCCAGUAUGUGCGUGUGUAGUUUAAGCUCUGAUGAUAAAUGGUGGACGCCGGGGAAGGAAAAUGAGGUUCAGCCUCUCUUAAGUGUUCGCGCUUCUGUCAUCGAGUACCACCGUUCAUGACGGCGUUUGAUUAUCGUUGUGUUUCGGAAAGAGGCAGAGGACGCCGUGUCAAAUAUGUCUUUCGAUGACGACAAGCUGUGAGACCUUCCUCGUGCUUCGAUCGUGCGGACCAGUGAAAAGUAGAAACAGUGAAAGAGAAUGCAAAAUGGAAAGGACGAAAGAACUACCAAGAAAGGUUUGCCACGUGUCAUUGACGCGUGAAAUGGUAUAGGAACUUGUCUUUUUGUUUGCGUCACAUAAGGCGCCAUCUUGUUUCAGACAUUGCGCUUUUUUGUGUGUGUGUUUUCUCGGCGAAGGAAUUUGUGACUUUCGGGAAGACGACGAGCGCUCCCUCUGCGGACAAUGCGCGGAGAGUAGUACUAUGUGCAGUGAUGGCAGGGGUGCGCUAAUGUGCUUCUUCUCUCCUUUAUUUCGUGUCUUUUUUUAAUUAUCUUCGUUGUCUUGUGCGUUGGGUCCUAAGACAAACAUAUAUGAUGCGGAAAGCAAAAUAGAAAGCCAACGUGUGCGGGGCAACCCACCCCCAACCUUAUCGUCGUAUAAAUAACGCAUUCCAGUGUGCACAAUGAAACUUACGGGAAUGAAGUUCUUCGCAUAAGAUUAAGGGAAGUAAAUUUUAAAUGGAUGCGCGUCAAAUGCAUCCACACAAAUACACACAACUCAUGAUUGUAGUCACUACAUAUCUGUGAUAUAUGCUCCCUGGCCCGACAGCUAAUCGCAACACCGCAAGACUCUAGAUAACUACGACGUGUUUCUGCAUAAGAAAAACACCACAGUAUUUUUGUUCUUGUUUUCUCGUAGCCAACGUGUAGCCAGAGUUACUACUGUGCGGACGUAGUGUUGUGACUGCUUUUAUCUGCAGCGCUGUGCCCUUUCUGCGGAGGAAAAAAAAAAAAAAGACAGGGCUCCGCGUUUCUUCUUUUGCAUUCGGUGUCAAACGUGUAUCUAAUGUUUUAAACUUUAGGACCAUCAUCAUUCAUUGUCGUCAUAUUUAGUGACUAGUUAACAAAGCAGAUUUAGACGCGAAACUCUGUUUCUGAUGUGAGCGCGCAUGUGUGUCCACAAGGAGACAUUCCAUUAUGCGUGGCAACCUCAGACAUUAUUCACGGAGAAAGUGGGAGCUGAGCGAGUUGUGGAAGGCAGCCCAAGCUUUAAAUUCUUUUGCCGCGAACAGAACCGCAUCUCGUUUUGUUGGUAAGGUAGUGGCUUUGCAGUCUCUUGCUCAGCGAGCUUCGGUAGACGAAUCUGUGCGAGUAUAACGGCUGGUGGUCCGCGUUGCGGUAUUCAUUACAGUUGGUUUAGAAGAGUAAAUCCAUGAAUUGUGAACACGAUUCUGUGCUACCUUCUUCCCGACAGCGUGUUUUCGUUUGAUGUGCAAAAUAAGCGACCAAAUUGUGUCAUUUGCCGGGCCUCAGAAACGUAGCUCGCAAGCUCACAGUUGAAAGAAACCUUUUAAGGUGACGGCGAAAUACAGAUAUGAAAGCUGCUGUCGCAUGUUAAUUUUAUCCUGCUUUUAAGCUGAUACACCCGGUGUUUAGCAGUUUAUCACAAAUUGAUUGUAUUUCAAUUACUAAAUGACUAAAUUAUUUAUUCAUGAAUGGUUCUAGCGUAGUGAUUCUAAUCCGCGUCGACCACAAACCCGUUGUGUGCCACAGAUCCAAAAGCCGAAGUGAGCCAAUCAACGCCUAAAAUAAAGUGUGCUAUACACUGUCGACCGCGUAGGAACUGCUAUAUGAGCCAAACACGUCGCUGUUACGUUCAUUCAGAAACUGCUUCGAGCCCUGUGGUGGGAUGGCGCGAGCGUGUGCUCUUAGUCCAGAGCAACGCUUGAUAGCUGACCGGAGUCUGGAGCACCUUGGGGUCAACUUUUCUCAAGGCGUAGGCCCGAUGCAGUCUUGUCUGUCGGGAACAGCCAUAGAAGAGAACGCACGCAUGCGCCUUUGUAGAGAGCAUAUGUAAGCGACGCGGUCCAUUUUGCAACGCCCACAGACAUACACACACACAGAGACAUUUACAGACGGUGCAAUCAGUGCUGCUUGCGCUACCGCGCGCAUACAAGAAGAUGGCCUUGAUAGACUCCUUGGGUUGCGAGUUCGCCGAUAGAGCCUUUCAAUGUACUAAAUGACAGCAGAGUGAACGCUGAGAUCCUUUUUUCUCCGCAGCUCUUGGAACAGAAUAAAGCUGUUAUUUGUUUACGCCCUA